GCGCACGCGCCUGCCUGGUACAGCACCGGGGGCGCGCGCGCCGUGCUGUAGCGUCACUGGUGAGUGCGCCGUAGCGCUAACGGUGCUAUGGACUUACAGCCCAGCUCCCGCACUCACACCGGGAUUUAUACCGGCACUCACUCCGAGCCGUGCCGACCCAUGUAUGGUCCCGCAGCCCAAGAAGACCUGCUGUGUGAGCGGGAGCAGCAGGAGAAACUGUCCGGCCUGGUAAAAAGUGUCCACCGAAAACUCAGAAAGAAAUACAAAGAAGUGGGCGACUUUGAAAAGAUAUGGCGCGAGCACUGUGAGGACGAGCAGACGCUGAGUGAAUAUGCCUUUGCCAUGAAGAGUCUAGCUGACAACCACUGGGCCAAAAAGUGUGAUGGGGAGGGACGUAUCGAAUGGUGCCGCAGUGUUUGUCAGGAGUAUUUCAUGGAUGGAGGAAUGAAAAAAGCGUUGGAGAAGGACGAGAAGACGGCAAGACACGCUGCAACUGCAAAUGGAGCACCUUUAAAAGCUCAACCAGACUCCUUUAAGCCCAGCCCAAACCUCCAGUUUGGCAAACUGCAUCUGUUGGAUGUGGGCAGUUGCUUCAAUCCUUUCCUAAAAUUUGAUGAGUUCCUCACAGUGGGAAUUGACAUAGUGCCUGCAGUUGAGAGUGUGUACAAGUGCGACUUCCUGAACCUGCAGCUUCAGCAGCCUCUUCAGCUGGCGGGGGAUGCAUUUAAUGCAUUCAUCCAUUACCUGCAUGACCCUAUUGAUGCUCUGCCGGCGCAGCUUUUUCACGUGGUAGUGUUUUCCCUCCUGCUCUCUUAUUUUCCCUCACCCUACCAGCGUUGGUUGUGCUGCAAGAAAGCACACGAGCUGCUCACGCUGCAUGGCCUGCUUUUGAUCAUCACACCUGACUCAUCACACCAAGGCCGGCACGCACUCAUGAUGCGCAGCUGGCGCGUGGCCAUAGAGUCGCUGGGCUUCAGGCGCUACAAAUACGUCAAGUUCUCUCACAUGCACAUGCUUGCCUUCCGCAAGGUCUCGGCCACCACCAGCAGUGACCUGGUGAGCCACAACUACCCUGAGAUGUUGUACAUCCCACAGGAUUUUGGUGCAGUUGAUGACGGUGAGGUGUUCAUGGAGUCUUAUCAGCCAGUGCGCUCUGAUUUUGAAGAUGAACAGGUAGCUCUGAGCUUCUCUGAACUGCCCGACAUUUCAUAUGACUCUGAUUCAAGUGAAAGCCAAAGCAGUACAGCUCCUAUCCAUGAGCUGGAGGACCCUAUUUUACUGUACAGCUAAAAUAUAUAUAACUGCACUGGAGGAUUAUUGCCAGGCUUUUCUAGGCUUUUGUUUUUACAUAGGGGUGGGCAAUAUGGCGAAAGUGUCAUGAAAUGUCAUGAAGUAAAUGGAUACAAAUGUAUUACUUGUUGCAUUACAAUUCCCAGAAUAAUCAAACACGUUGUGAAGUUUAAAUACAUAACAAGAUUGAAAUAUUACCAUAUUGCCCAGCCCUACAUCUUUUUGCCUGAAACAUUGCAGUUUGCACAAUUAACUAACAUUUAUACAGAAACCCUAAGUGGCCCAUGCACCUAUGGCACAAAUCCCCUAACUGUGCCAUUUAUUAUGCCAACCUGGGGUGAAACCAGAGUUUGUUUAUUAGGAUUAGACUCUUAGUGAUGCUUUAAAACAAAAACCUAAUUAAUUUUGAAGUGACUUUUACUAAGUUACACAGUUGUUUACACCUGGGUAGUACAUUUUUUAUAUUGUUUUAAACAUUUAAACAGAUCAAAAAGAAAUCGAUAGUUUCACAAUGGAAAGGGGUUUAUUUGUAUUCUAGUUUUGAGUGCUCCUGGCAUGCAUGUGAUCUACAUAGAAUUUUUAAAAUUUUCUGUCAAUUGUUAAUUGAUAGCUAGUUAUUCAGCACAAUUUAUUUACUUUUUCACGAUCUGGCUUAUAUCUUGAUUUCAUAAUGAUACUAAAGAGGCUUGUAAAGAUACUAGAGAGUAUACACAACCCCUGCUCAGAGUGUUUUCUAGUUGUUUUCAUUCACUUUAGAAGAAAUUGCCAAACAUGGUUCUUCAGAUGUAUUCUUAUGAAAAUAUGUCUGUCUUCAAAAGGUUUUCUUAGCUGCUGUUGAACACUGAUUAUGAUUGUAGAACUUAAAUGUUUUUGGUGAAUACUUUGCUGAUGUAGCAUUUUGAGUGUUUAAUAUUUUGCUAUUGUUCUGGAUCUGCUUAUAUAACAAUGACACUGUGAAUAGCUUUUAAAUGUUAACAAUGUUAAAACCAUGCAAGUUAGUUGUAGAUUAUAGGAGCAAUGUUUAAGCAGACUAGAUGAGAGGUACUCUAUAGUUUUUCUUUUGGGUGUGUAGGGUAUUUAACGGGAUGUUUUACUUGUAAUCAAAAAGAAUAAAAAUACAGUUACGAUGCAGGUGUGUAAUAAUAUAGUAUUUGGGGUAUUUUAUCAGCCAGUCAGGGGUCUACAUACAAACAUGAUUAUCUGUGUGGGGCAAGGGGGUGUAUAGCCAAGACCCUGUCCUGUCCUGGAUGUUUUACUGCAUAGUGCCCAUUGAUUCCAGGGAAACCAGACUUACUGUGAGAACAUGGAGAACUUGAAGGUGUUUGGUCUGACAGAGGAGGAUGGCCAAGAUGAAGGCGAAUGAAUCGAUGUGGCGAUCCUUAACAGAAGCUGCCAAAAUACAAAGACUAUUAUGCUUUAACCCACACUUCUCGAAAGAUUUUCCUUUAGUUUAUAAUUUAGAAAUCAAUUCUUUCAAUCAGAUAACUUAACAAAGGAUAGAAAAAUUAUAAACUGGACAAUUAAAAAAGAAAACUUGACAUUAAAAAAUGCUGGCUUUUACAUUAUUCCGUGAUAAUCAUCUCUACUGUCACUUUAAGUACAUUAACAAUAGUAUUGAAGUUAUUCUGGACAUUUGUGUGUUUAAUUUGAUUGUUGAAACUUUCUGAUUGUUUUUUUUAACUGUAUGAGUUGGUGCUUUGUCUUCCAAUGCUCAUAAUCCACAGCAUGCACCAAUAGUUCUCUUCAGUGUUGUUCAGGAUUGUUAAUUGUUUUAGAUGUUUUAGAAAUUAAAAUGAAUGUUGUCUAAAGGAUAAUAAAAAUACAUAUCAGAAUUAUAA